AUGAGUGCCCAGCAGAAGGGCCCAGGUCUGCCGCUUGAGGGGGCCACCAAGUGCCCGGUGAAGGGGAAACUUCGCGAGAACGGUCCUGGAGCACACAACAGUGACCUGAUCGCGUGCACCGUGAUCACCAAGGAUGGCGGGAUGGUCCAGCGAUUCCUGGCUGUCGAUAUUUACCAGAUGAGCUUAGUGGAACCUGAUGUGUCCAGGCUUGGCUGGGGAGUGGUCAAGUUCGCAGGCCUGCUGCAGGACAUGCAGGUGACCGGCGUGGAGGACGACAGCCGCGCCCUGAACAUCACCAUCCACAAGCCUGCGUCCAGCCCCCACUCCAAGCCCUUCCCCAUCCUCCAGGCCACCUUCGUCUUCUCGGACCACAUCCGCUGCAUCAUCGCCAAGCAGCGCCUGGCCAAGGGCCGCAUCCAGGCGAGGCGCAUGAAGAUGCAGAGAAUAGCCGCCCUCCUGGACCUCCCGAUCCAGCCGACGACCGACGUCCUGGGGUUUAGACUCGGCUCCUCUUCCUCCCAGCACCUGCCUUUCCGCUUCUACGACCAGUGCCGCCGGGGCAGCAGCGACCCCACCGUGCAGCGCUCCGUGUUCGCGUCCGUGGACAAGGUGCCAGGCUUUGCCGUGGCCCAGUGCAUAAACCAGCACAGCUCGCCGUCCCUGUCCUCGCCACCGCCGUCUGCCAGCGGGAGCCCCAGCGGCAGCGGGAGCACCAGCCACUGUGGCUCUGGAGGCGCCAGCUUGUCGUCCACCCCUUCCGCCAUCCAGAGCCCGGCAGUCCAGUCGUCUGUGCUCAGGGCCCACCUCUCGAGAGUCCGUCAGCAUGUGCUGGAGGCACAUCUCGCCUUCCUGGACCUCGUACAGUCAGGAGUGGCAGGAAAGGACGCCGGCGAGUGUUCAGCCUGUCGGAGGCCGACAGUCACGGCGGCCACUGGGUUUAGUGCUUCGAACGGCAGCGCUCACGGCAGCUCUCGCAGGCAAUUCAGGCAGGUCUCGCCCGUUAGCCUGCGCGGCCCGCGGCCUCGCCGGGCCUCCGGGGACCAGGGCUGUGAGCCCCCCUCCAAGCGGCCAUUUCCCCGGCUUCCCUUCUCCUUCCGGCCUCGCCUCCGCUGA